GAGUCGGAAGAGAUGGAUAAUGCCGCGAGCGGGAAGGAUUGGUUUCGUCGGCCACUGAGGCGCCAGCCAUGGCGGGUCUCCUCUUCACCCCCUUCAACUGCCAGUGUUGCCAUCACCCUUCGUCACCCCUCCUCCCUGCUCGUGCUUCCUUCACGCCGCGGCGCAUGCACAUGCUUCCUGCAGUUCGGUUCUCCGGAGACCCAUUUCGUCAGAAGAGAACGAGGGGCCUCACGCUGGUGGCUGGAGCCGGGCCCAGCAGCAGCAGCUAUGCGUUUGCUUUCGUGUUCCCUCUCUCCCUCCUUGCCGCCACCAUCUUCGCUUCCAUUAGGAUCUCCGAUAAGCUCGACAGGGACUUCCUCGAGGAGAUCACAAAUUCAAAACUUGGAUACCAAUCAGUUCUGAUGGCAUUCCACAUGCAAAUUCUCCGUGAAAUCUUCGAAGCAACACCACGGCGACCUUUUGUGUAACUAUAACAGCUUGCAAUCAAUCAAGCGGCAAGGGAAGCAGAUGAAGGGGAAGAUCCUGACACUUCUCUAGAAGAGGAACCUGUACUUCCUCGCACUCGUAACCGACCCAAACGGGAAGCAUAGGCUCCUGCAGCAAAUGAAAGUUUUUGCUUCUGAUAGCAAUUUUUAUCCUGAGAUAAUUCGAAUCUUGUAGCAAAGAUAUGAGCUGUAUUUGAGCAAGUUUUUAGUUUAGGACUACACCUUUGCUCCAGAUUGUCGAUAUCUUGUUGAAAAGGACUAGAAUAAAGAGGUCUCAGUUCACUAA